AUAUAUUCCUCCAUCACAGUUCCAAGAAACAUCCCCAGAGGUUCUACGGAAAGUUAUGUGCAAUUAAUCUCCAGCAACACCAGGAGAAAGGGUGAAGACACAGGAUGAAGAAUACACUGAAGGAUCUGAAAAAAUACUGGAGGCUUUAUCUACUAACUUUGGUGCUGGGGAUCGGGGGAUCAUUUCAGUAUGGGGUUCAAAUAUCCAUCCUGGCCUCCUCAGAAGAACACAUACAGAGUUUUGUGAACCAGACAUGGCUGUGGAGAUAUGCGGUUCCAGUGGAGGAGUCUACUGAAAAGCUGAUCUGGUCUUCCAUUGUGUCAUUGUUCAGCCUGGGGGGCUGGCUGGGUGCUAUCCAUAGCGGGAGCCUUUCUGUUGUCUACGGCAGGAAAAAAUCCCUACAGAUCAAUAAUGUUGUGGCAAUUGUUGCUGCUUUUCUGAUGAUUCUGGCUCCUGUUGUCAAAUCCUUUGAGAUUAUCCUGCUUGGCAGAUUUCUGUAUGGCUACAGUGUAGGUUUAGGUCUUAAUGUGCACCUGAUGUAUCUUGGAGAGAGCGCUCCGAAGAAACUCCGUGGGUUCUUGACCCUCACAAGUUCCAUCUUCAUUGCCUUAGGAAAGAUCAUCAGUCCAGUAAUUGGAAUCAGGGAACUGAUGGGUAGAGACAACAUGUGGCCUUACCUGCUGGCUUUCAGUGGCAUCCCUGCUUUACUGCAGUUCCUGACACUUCUCUAUUUCCCUGAGGCACCUCGAUAUACUUACAUUGACAAGGGAGAUGAGGAGGGCUGCAAGAAAGCUUUAAGAUGGCUCUGGGGCAAUGAUGACAUGAAACUGGAGCUGGAAGAUAUGGCCAAGGAUCGCAGCAGUAUGCAGGGGCAGAAGGCCAAGACAGUUUGUGAUGUUCUGUGCUCACGCUCAGUACGCUGGCAGUUACUUGCUUUGACCAUCCCCUGUUCUGCUGUGCAGUUUUCUGGCAUCACAGCGCUGUACUUCUAUGCAUUUGAUAUAUUCCGUCAAACUGGGGUGCCAGAGGAUCAGAUGCACUACCUGUCCAUUGGGAUUGGUGCCACGGAGCUCGUUUCCAUCAUUCUCUGUUCACUGUUGAUAGACCGUACAGGCCGGAAGAAGCUGAUGGGUUUUGGCUACCUCCUAAUGGGAAUGUUAAUGUCACUGUUGACAGUCACGUUGUAUUUCAAGGAUUAUUACCCCUGGGUCUCAGGCCUUAACAUAAGCCUUGUGUUUUGUGUUAUCUGUGUUUAUGGACUUGGGCCAGCUGGUGUCUCCAUGACCCUCCCAGCUGACCUCUUCCUGCAAGCCUGGCGUCCCUCUGCUUUUGUCAUCAGUGGCACCAUUUGCUGGGUUAGCCAAUUCCUCAUUGGGAUGUGCUUCCCUUACAUAGUGGACAGCUUUGAAGAGUUGUGUUUCCUGAUCUUUGUGGCGUACUGCAUCUUCAGUGGUGCUUUCUUGCUCUACUUCAUCCCAGAGACUAAGGACAAGACCAUGGUGGAGAUUAUGGAGGACUUCAACAAACUCAAUUUCAAGGGCAUGGAAUCCAAUAUUGACAUGAAAGACUUUGUACUUGCAACAAAGCUAUGAGUUAGGUCCAGGCAGACUUGUACCUUGCACUCCACUUUAAAGCCUAAGUAUGUAUAAUUUGUGAAAGUUCACUGAUGUCAUAAUAAGCAAAUAAAAGAAGUGCACAGAGAUCUUA